AUGGCUACAUCUUCAUCGAUGUGCGCUGUAUGCGAUCUUCGACAUCAAAGUUCAGCGUCAACCCACUGGUGUACUGAGUGUGAAGAAUCACUUUGUUCUGACUGUAAGGAACAUCAUAAUGUUUUGAAGGCAACUCGAAAUCACAAAACGAUUCCUAUCUCAGAUUACCAACCUUUACCAACUGUUGUUACCGAGAACCAGCAGUUUUGUGUUUAUCACAACGAGAAAUACCAAUUAUACUGUGUCAUAGAUCGUGAGCCGAUAUGUUAUAAAUGUACAAAAGAGCAUGGGAAAUGCGGGGAAGUUAUUCCACUUGAAGAAGUUGUCGAUGGUUUUAAGACUUCAGAAGACUUUAUAGACUUAGAACUAAGCCUGAUCGAUAUGUUAAACAAUGUUAAAAAACUUCGGGAAGCAAAACUGUCCAAUAUCACAAGUAUCAAACAUCAAACGAAGGAAAUAAAAGAACAACAUUGCAAAUUACAAACUCAAGUUAUUCAGCAUCUCAAACAAAUUAACGAAAAGUUUGAGGAAGAACUCGAAAAUCGUGAACUGCUUUGUUGCGACAGUAUUCGUUCAUAUAUCUCCUCUCUACAAGAUAAAGAAAGGGAGAUAAAUCUGAUAAAUACGGAAAUCCAAACCAUGAAGAAAUACGCAUCAGAUCUACAAACCUUCCUUAGUAUGAGAGAUCUUCAGGCGAAGGUCACUGACAGGGAAAAUGAUCUCCAGUCUAUGAUUGAGAAUACGAGUAAUGAUAUACUUAACAUAGAAAGCGUAACAGACGUUGCGGUAAAUGAUUUUUUGAAUGUGAGUACAUUUUGUUCUUUAAGCGUUAAGAAAAAUCCGUCAGCUAACUUCGACAUGUACAGAAGGAAAGACAGACAAGCCCAGAUAUUGGUUCAGAAAGAUGUGAAGUCAACAACUAACAUAAAAUGUGAGCUCAACCGAAAAUUACAUACCGCUUGUAAAUUUCCACUAGGGUGUUGUGUCACAACCAAAGGUGAAUUUGUCUUCACAAAUUACGAUAAAGAAGAAGAGGAUACACUUACAGUUCUUACAACUAACGGUGAAGUCAGCUUUCAAAUCAAUUUUUCAAAAUCUUAUCGCUCGUUUGAUGUAGUAUGCGUAGAUGAUACUACCGUUGCUGUCUCUUCUGGAUUUUCAGAUGAAAAGCCCGGCAUUUGUUUUCUCAAUCUUAUUUCACGAAAAUUAAUUAAGUUUAUUGCCUUGCCUGAUUCACCGUAUGGCAUAACAUAUGAUGGUAAAUCCUUGAUCUGUGGUGUCAUUAACAAAGAUAUACAUGUUAUAUCAUGUGCAGACUACAGUAUUACUACUAUCCCAAAUACUGCCUUGUGUGGGCUGUCCUAUAUUUCAUGCUUCGAUGACAAGAUUUUUCUCACCAAUCCAGACCAGCAUAUAGUUACCUGCUAUUUAUAUACUGGCGAAAAAGUUUGGGAAUUCAGGGAUGAAACAAUUCUAAGAGAUCCAUGGGGAAUUACUACAGAUAACAAGGGGAAUAUUGUUGUUGCUGGGUAUAGUUCGCGUAAUGUGGUUGUAAUAUCUAAUGAUGGAAAACAAUGCGAACAGUUACUGUCCUUUUUGGAUGUUAACAAUAUUCUUAAUACUCCAGAGGCUAUUUUCUUCGACAAUGCAAGGAAGCAACUGCUUGUGACAAAAGCCGACCAGGAGGCUAUUAUUUAUAACAUUUCUUAUAUUUAA